AAUAGGUGACCAGGUCCCUGCGGACGGAGAGCUAAUUAAUGGCCAUUCUCUUGCCAUUGAUGGACAUAGCAUGACAUGUGAAAGCAAGAUUGUCCACAAGGAUCAAAAAUCUCAUUUUCUAAUGUCUGGUUGUAAAGUAGCUGACGGAGUCGAGUCACGUAGAAGAAGAAGAGGAGCAAACAAGAGUAGUAGAGAAGAAGUUACAAAGAAGGAAGAAAAAGGAAGCUUGAAGCGCAAGAAACUAAGGAACAAGAAGUGA